AUGCCACGACUGAAACCAAAGGUGGGCCAGGCCCGCAGAAACACGUUUCCGAUCGUUGCUCGUAUUCCACAUGGACAUAGUGCGUAUGGAACCUGCGUUGCACCAAUUAGCAGCACCGAGGCAGAAGAUCAAGUGUUAUCGCAAUCAUUCACUAGUCACCAUGACUACUUCAACUACCAAUCCGAAGUUGAUGUACCCGAUGAACCCCAUCUUAAACGCCCACACAUUCCCACCCCGCUCCAGCUCCAACCCGAUGACAACACACCUCUGUCAGCCGGCCCUUCAGGCUACAAAUACAUGCCGCUGGCCUUGCGCACCCCGGAUCUCGAGUCCUUCCGCUAUGACCACGGCAUAGAAUUCAAGAGGCACCUCUCGAUCAGAGAGACGGUCUUGAAAGCCCAGUGGCAUCAGAUCUUCGACGAAGACGCCCUGAUAGUAAGGACAAAGCGCAAGAGUAUACAAUCUCUUAGAAAAUUAAAGAACAUUGUUCGUAGUAAGUUUGCCCGGGGGAAGGAAUUUUGGAAUGCAUUUCGCUCCCGGUUGAAAAGGGAGUCCAAAGUCUCGCAGGUUGAGCGUUGUGAAGUUUGA